GCCUUAUAGCAACAUAUAUUAUGCUUUCGGUACUUAAAACAAGUAUAUAUAAAUAGAAUAAAAAUAAAACUCCAUAAUUCUCCAGAACAGGGUUUUGCAUUUGCAUUGCACACAAAACCCUUCUUCUUCCUCCUGCCAUGGCUCCCGAUGCUUCCGACGCACUCUCAGUUAGGCAGAAAGUUCAACACUUUCUCAACGCUGCGCGUACCGGAAAUCUCGAUCUCUUAAAGAAAUUUGCCGAGCAGUUAGAUGAAGGGAAAGAUUUAACGAAAACAGUGGAAGCAAUUAAAGAUGCAAACAAGCGUGGGGCACUUCAUUUUGCUGCUCUUGAAGGACAGACUGAGAUUUGUAAAUAUCUGUUGGAGGAUUUGAAGCUCGAAAUUGAUUCGAAAGAUGAUGACGGAGAAACUGCUCUCAUUCAUGCUGCACGGCAAGGACACACUGCCACUGCUAAGUAUCUUAUCGACCAUGGUGCUGAUCCUACCAUUGCUAGCAAUUUAGGAGCUACGGCAUUGCAUCAUUCUGCUGGAAUAGGAGAUAUUGAGUUGCUUGAGCAUUUGCUGUCCAAAGGAAUUAAUCCUGACUUAGAGAGUGAUGCGGGAACACCCUUGGUUUGGGCUGCGGGUCAUGCUCAACAAGCUGCAGUUACUGUUCUAUUAAAACAUGGUGCAAAUCCUAAUGCUGAAACUGAUGAUGGCAUUACCCCACUCCUUUCAUCUGUGGCAGCUGGUUCGUUAGAAUGCUUGGAGCUGUUAAUACAGGCCGGUGCUAAAGUAAAUGUUAGUGCUGGUGGAGCAACUCCUUUGCACAUUGCAUCGGAUAAUGGGAGUCUAGAACUCAUGAAUUCCUUAUUGAAAGCUGGAGCUGAUCCUAAUGUUGCAGAUGAGGAUGGUGUCAAGCCAAUACAGGUUGCAGCUGCAAGGGGUAAUCGUGGAGCAGUUGAAAUAUUUUUCCCCGUUACAUCCAAAAUUGAUGCCAUUCCUUCUUGGACUAUUGAUGGGAUACUUGAGUAUAUGCAAUCAGAAAGUAAAAACCAGCAGGGUGAAUUGGUAAAUGGUAAAGAAAGUAACGGGCUCAAGGAUGCUGUUUCCCGAGAGCAAAAUAUCCCUGAGGUGUCACCAGAGGCCAAAAAGAGAGCAGCAGAAUCAAAAGCAAGAGGGGAUGAGGCUUUUAAAAGGAACGACCAUUAUACGGCUAUAGAUUCCUAUACACAAGCAAUUGAUCUGAACCCCGGUGAUGCUACAUUGCUAUCAAAUAGAAGUCUAUGUUGGAUGAGACUAGGUCAAGCCGAGCAAGCUUUAGCUGAUGCAAAGGCCUGUAGGGCAUUAAGACCAGAUUGGUCAAAAGCUUGUUAUAGGGAAGGCGCAGCCUUGCGUUUGUUGCAGAAGUUUGAAGAAGCCGCAAAUGCAUUUUACGAAGGAGUUACAAUUGAUCCGGAGAACAAAGAGCUUAUAAACGCAUUCAGGGAAGCUGUUGAAGCUGGACGGAAAUUUCAUGGCACGGCUGAGAAUAAGUCAUAGUUGGGCCUUUGCUAGCGAUGGAGCCUUUUAAACUUAUGAAUUUAUGUAUUUUUCUUAAGUUACAAUCUUUACGGGUACAGUUUACUAGUAACUAUUGCUAAAAAGGUUGUUGCUUAUUUGACAUGUUCAAAAAUUGCGGCAUUGGUGCGGUGCAGUGCAGUGUAUUAUCCAGGCUAAGGUUAAUAUGGACAGCCAUUAUAGGUGGUUCAUAACAGUUUUGUUUGUAAAUUUAUUUGAAUAGUCAGAUUUUGUUAUUCCAUAAGACAUUAUCUGGAAUGAAACGGUUGUCAACUAUCCACCCUUAAGUCUAAAGAUUUUGUGAAUUAAUA